AUGAUAGAUAUUGAAGUGCUUGAAAUCCUGGGUAUUGACCCCACCGCACCUAAAAAUUAUGGUAAUAAUAUUCAAAAGGAUGUUGCCGUUCGAUUGGAGCACAAUGCCAUCGAAGGGUUGUCAAGAGAGAACCGAAACCAACUUUUGGACACUUACCUCGUACCAAAUAAUUGUAAACUCAUUGGCGCUCCAGUCCUCAACCCAGAACUCAAAGCUGCUUUAUCUGAACAAGUCAUUAAGAGAGAUAAAGCUAUUGAAGCUAAACAAAAAGUCACCGCAGCUGCUAUUGCGUGCCUAGGCCAGGUAAUCUCUUUGACAAUUUCUUCAAAAGAGAAAGAUACUAACUUGUUGCGUCUUUUAAUGGACACAAGUCGCAUGUUAUGUGAUUGCCAACAUAGCGAUACUCUGACAAGACGAAACUAUGUAAUUAGUUCCAUCAAAAAGGAUAUGAAAGAAUCCCUCUUAAGUGCCAAGACUGAUACUUUUCUGUUCGGGGAUAAAUUGCCUGAUACUUUAAAAGCUGCUAAAGCUAUUAACAAGUCUGGCGCAGAACUGAAGAUCACCACCACUCCUAAACCUGGCCCUAACGAAAAGACUUCGGAGCUUUUCAAGUCAACCUUCAGGGCGCCCCUGCCUAUGUCCGGGUCGGCAAUCUCCAAGUUAAGAGAUGUGCCCACCUGCCAAGACAUUACAAGUUUUCGGGGCAGCAACAGAGAGGUGUCGAUAACGACAUGGAACACACAAUGUCGCAAUUAUCCAACUCACAUGGCCUACACAAAAACAGUGGCUCCCGUUACCAUGGAGCCACAAAACGGAGGGAGGAACAGGGAGACCACUGUAUUGAUAGACGGAGCCUUACAUCAGGUGGUCGCACACAUUUCUAACCUAAACGCGGUAACGCGUAGACAGCUUCUCAAUGGACGAGGGUUCUGGAUAACUUCACUGGGAGCAAAUCUAGAGAAGCUACCGUCAAAGUAUCUAACACGGAGUAGUAGAUAUUCUGACACGGUGGCUAUGGACAUUGCACGCGCAUAUGACGAAGGGCGGCUAACCACCGAGCCGCCAGCAGACAUGCCAGGUGAUUCAGAUAUUGGGGAAUAUGGUGUAAUACUGAACCGAGGAGACAUUGACACGCAAACAGAGGGUACUUCACAAUCAAUUUCGUCGGUGGCGGCAGGCACUGCCACUCCUCCUUCUCGGCGGAACAGCUCGCUGGUUGUACCUGUGCGAGAGGUCCGUACCGUUGCGAUGUCAUUCAAGGGUCACAAUGAUCGUAGCCCCAACAAAAGUCCUGGGCUCGUAGCUCUUGAGGCCUACGCAACAAACAGCGACAGGGCAGCAACUCAGCCCUAUAUAAGCACGACUCGCGGGGUACUCGCCAGGGAUGUCUCGUCUGUGCAGGAGGUGGCUGCGUAUGUUUCUACGUACAAUGCAUCAUACAUAGACACAGCCCCCGCUCUCAGGGGUCUGUUAUACGCAUUUCCAAGGGCACGGGACGUAUGGAACUUUGACUCAUACGAUGCCAGGUUUUUGCGGAGACAAGACCUUAACACCCGGACACUUACACAACUACACAUACACCAGGUAGCUGAGGCGGAUCGACUACGGGUCCGCAUGGUUGCAAUAACUCUACCAGCUUUUGCUGCCCAUCUUAAAAACCUGGAUCCAGAGAUGGCUAAUGAAGGGGCCGAUGGGAUGUCUUUGGCAGGAAUGGACACAUCGUGGGCUGCAAUCCCAAUUUGCUCCGAUAUGUUGGGGAAUCCAUGGCUGUUAGAGUUCAUCAUGUGUUUUACGACUACUGCGCUGUGGGCAGGAAAGACGUGUUUUUUAUCAUCCGGGCAACACGCGACUGAAGCAUUGCCAGCUAACGUUUUGUUCUCUGGUAUGCCUGCUGCCCACCAAGUACACAUCCCAGGACCAACAAAGCUAGUGUUGGUUCUGGUGGAUGAAAACACGUAUGCGCAGGAAACAGCGAUAACCAUUUCGGGGAUUAACUUGAACGUGUAUAGGGGCGUGCGCAUAGCGACAGGACAAACCCCGUUCGCACAGGCCUGGGUAGACGUACAAAACGCCAUGUACGCCUUAUGGACUCAGGAAAACUACCCAUCCUCCUGUCAAAACAUGGUACGAGCUCUUCAGUACAUGGAGGACAAUUUUUGUCAUUCUAUGGCUUUUCAAAUUGCCGUGUCUUUGGCCGCAGAAAUGUCUGCAUACAUGCCCGAAUCACCUAGACUUCACGGUGAUGAACAAGGGAGGUACGAAGAUGAGUUAGGUGGUGGCUGGACCAUUGGCGCACAUAACUUCAACCGGCGCCACCCAUUACAUACAACCUCAAACGUUGACAUUGGUACUGAGGAAGAGAUUUGUGCCCGGAUACGAAGGCUUCUUCGUGGAUAUUCCUUCGCAUCAGUAUCCCCUAUACAACAGCAUGCGCAGAAUUACGCUACGCUGGCUACAACAAACAUCGUUGUUGGUAACAACUACGUGGGGACAGAGACCCACUGGCAGCAUCAAAGACCAGAUUUAAACAACGCCCAAUACCAGUGUAAUACAGCUAAUUCAGCGUACCGAAUACUUACAGGAAUGGGUUUCAUAUUGAAGGAUGAUUACUCCUACCGGUUCAGGAACGCUGAUGGCGUCGCCAAUGUAGUGACUAUGCAGGGAGUCGCCCUGACCUUGUCCCUCGGGCUGGCUUUGGCAUCUAGCGAUAUCAGUAGAGCUGCGUGGUCCGGCGUUGGUAUUAACGAAGAUCCUUUUUCCCAGACUCCUGUCCGCAAAUGGGUGGCAAAUAUGACCCACGGGUUGGUGCUAUUGUCUAACACCGACACUUUCAUGCGUAGGAUAAUAGGUGCAAAUCAUUCUAUACGUGCUGAGAUACUUCUCUACACUGGGACCCAACCCGGACAUGAGACAUGGGGUAGUCAUGUUUGUAUGCCAUAUCCUUCCUUUAUACAAUGGGCCAAACAGUUUAACAUUGACUACAAAGGCGAGUACACUUUUUCUGAUGGUGUGAUCAACGCACAAGUUGAAUCGCCUCACAUCCUGAUAGACGAGAAAAACAACCUCUCAGUGUCUUGGGUCGGCACUGUGCAAGACUCUUUUGCUAAUUUACCCGUAAGUUACCUUGGUCACUGUAACGCAGUACCUUUCACCAUCCCCCUCUCCGUCGAGGAUUGGCAACUACUGUCAUGCUCAACGGAAUUGUUGCAUCCAACGCCAGCUGGGAUGAUGUCCAACUUAUGUACUAUAUCUAUCAACAACAGAUACCGACACGUCAGUAGGCCUGGUAGAGUAAUGGUGGUGAAUAAGUUUGCCAUGCGUAAGGAUAGGGAGACGUGGAAUGUAUCACCACUGCAGUACCCAGUCCCACCAAACAGCAAUUUUUUACGCGGACCGGAGCCUGCAAAUUCACCGGACCAUCCCUCCCAUCCGGAUGGAACAAAAGUCCUUCCAUCACGGGUGAUAACGCAGGUGGAGCCGAAAGCGGACCCGCCCAGUGCGGUCCCCACAGCGGAAUAA